GGGGCUGCGUGCCAUCUCCGCUGCCCCGGUCUAUAAAAAAAAAAUGCACCGCAAAGUGGCUAUUUAUAAUCCAGGGUACAUAGACGUUCCAUUUUCCGAGCUCGUUUAAAAGAAGCGCAGUCCCAAGGAUAACGCACGCUCCGCUGCUUAAGGGAAACGCGUCGCAUCUAGGGUAGAAAGCUUUAGCGGAGCCUCUCCUCGGCUCGCUGUCGCUAAACCUGGCCUAGUGUGUCAAUGGGCGAGGUGUUCCCGAUAGCGUGAACCUCGAGGAGAUCGACGAACCACAGCGUCCGAACGACACUGUUUCAAUAGCAGAAAACUGAGAAAGAUUGCUACACGUCGUCGCAAGUUCCUCGCAGCCCCCAAGAAACUCGGCCCAUUAAUCUUCCGGCAGCGCCGCGAUACUUUCGCGCCGAGGCGACGCGGAUUGUUCAGCACCGCCAUGGGAGUUCCCGAACUUCAUUUAGGUGUCUCCGUGAAUUUAUCCGUGCGUCGGGAAGCCAUGGCAAAAGUGUCGGAUCUCCGGGAGGGGCUAACGCAGUUCCGAAACAAUGAAGGGGGCCGGUGGAAUGCCGAGGAAACGGAGCCGGGUCGGAACAGCUGACUGCGAAAUGAACGGCUAGCCGGCCAGACAGUCGGACAGACAGAGCGAAGAACGUCAUCCCCUUUAGAAGGGCUCCAGACAGACGAACCCUCGAGGCAGCGGCCCUCCGCCCCGCUCGUUACAGCCCCGCCGGCCACCGUCCCAUCGUCAUAGCAACCCCUUGGAUGCAGCAGCCUAACCAACCGAUUUGCCCAACCCACGCCACGCGCGCGCCGUCCCUCGGCCCCCGUUGCCGGCCGCUCUUCGAACAUUUACAUCAAACACGCUUUUCCCUUUUUUUUACGCGGUGGAAAUCAACCCUUUGUUCGCCGGCGGGGGUGGAAGCUCUCGCGUCUGCAACGCGCCCGAUCGCUUUGUGGCUGCCGAUUUCAAAGGGAUCGAAGCGCUUCCCCGAGUUUCUUUUCGCUUUUCAAACAGCUUCCCGGGGGAGAAAGUCGCCGUCGCCGUCGCCGUCGCCGCGUGACGUUUUCCUCGUGCGUAAAAUCGCGAGGAGCAGCGGCCAUUUCGGAAGCCACGCAGGAACGGGACAUUUUCACCGUGCGAAACGGCUCGCCGAGUCCGCUGAGGACCGCAAUUUGCGGAAUUGCCGCAGUUUCAGCGCCGGCUCGGCCGCGUCGAAUCGACGCGGUGUCACGAUCCUAAGGCUGCCUCGGCCUUCUUAAGAUCUAGGCGGCCAGUCCUUCCUUCAGUCUCGCGAUCUAAUGCGACAGCGUGCCCGCACGGUCUAUGACACCGCGGCGAUCGAUAGAAGAGUGCGGAUUUUUCAGAGAUGUUGGUUCUGUCGUCGAAGCUUCUGUUUGUGGUAGCGCUGACGGCAUCGACUGUCGGCCAGGAUGUCAAGAGCAUGGUGUUUCCGCCGACCGGAAAUGGCUCCGUUCCGGAGGCCCCGAGCAGGCUGGAAGCCAUCCCCCGCACGGAUAUGACGCAUCUUUCGGAGCCCUAUGCGAGACCGUUGACUCCAUCUCCGAGCAAUUAUCUACCCGGUAACCUUCCUAUUCCGCCGAGGACCUUUCUCAAUCAUCGCAGCGAGCUACCCUAUGUGUACGAACAUCCGAACUUCGCCUAUCCUGUGGCACACUCGAUCGAUUACUCUGUGGGACCGUCCUCGAAGCAUCUGGUGAUCGUCAGCUUCAUCGGGCUGCUCCUGCUCUUCGCUAUCAUACAGAAUACACUGGCGUCUGUGAAACGCAGGGAUAUGCUUACCGAUGUUCUGUCGGCCAGGGAAAAGAGGGACCUCUAUGCUGCUUACGACUUUGAUUCUGCGAACGCGGAGCAAAGGAAUGUUCUAUCGGACGAUGUCAGGGUGCGUUGCAUACAGAGGACGGUCUGCCUGGAGAACCGGAAGCUGACGAGGACGUUCGGCGCCGUUGGCAAAGUGCUCGCCAAGUACUUGACACGGAGCGUGGGCAAAUCUCUGAGGUCGACUUCCGGUUGGGACCGUCUGGUCCAGGACGCAGGCGAGGCUGGAAUUCGCGAGGAGGACUGCGACGUCCUCUACAGAGACUGCGAGGAGCAGACGUCCUCCGAGACUUCGGUAGAAUCGCGCGACGAAUGAUUGAGACCGGGUAAAAUAAAUAAAUGGAAUCUGCUGCCGA